CGGUGCACGUUGUUGCACAAACCAUUUGCUAUUGGCUUGCAAAUGUCAAAGUGUUUCGCUCGUCAACAGUCGCACACUGAAACUAAUCACAGCAACACAUUUAUUUGGAGUUUGAUGCACGUUCGGACUUUUGGAUUAAAAUAUCUAUUGAGGAGUCAGUUGUGGACUUUUGACCAUUGAACAAUCAGCGAUUCGAUUGACCAUUGAACUUCGAGUGAACCGUGUAAAAUGAAGCGAAAAUUAUCCGAGCAUGUGGACCAUACGUAUGGAUUGAGAUCGAUGGCAAAGCGGUCAAAGCCAACGAUACAGUUGAAUGCGAAAGUAGCUGAUCGCCAGAUUGCCAGAGGUCGAAAAAGUGAUUUUCCAUUGAAGUAUGCCGUUGUGGUGUUGCAUGAUAUUGGAAAGGAAGUGGCACGAUUAACACAACAAUCACAAUGUGCAGCCCCAGCUACAUCAAUCACACCAACCACUCCAAUCACAACACCAUAUUCCCACUUCAUGGAACUGAAUGAUCAUUGCAUCUUGGAAGUUAUGGAUUUUUUGACAAUCACCGAGUUGUGCGCCAUGGCUGAGGUGUCGGUGCGGCUAAAAAAGCUGUCGGAAUACUUCUUUCGCGUGAAAUUCGGCCGAUUCUUCAGCAUGGAGCACUUAUUGAAUGGUACGGAUAAAAUUGGCAUCAAACAAGCUCGUCGUUUGUUUCAAAAUUUCGGUCAUUUGAUUACAUCGUUGCACGUGUCACGAAAAUGGUUUGUUUUCGAUCUACCGUAUCGAAAUGCAUUUAAGGGCCAACGACAAUUGCUCACGCUGAUCAAUGAGUACUGCUCCAAGAAUCUAAAAACAUUAACGCUGCGCCAUUUCUGGAUCAAUCCCGAAUUGAUUAUGGAACAUUUGCCAGUCUUCAUGCGACUGCAAACGCUCAACUACUAUCGUCUAUCGUGCUACUGUAGCGAAGAAAAAACGUUUGCUCAUUUCGGAAACAUCGUGUCAAAGAUUUUCGAAUUCAAUCAGUUGACGCAUCAAAUGCCGCAAUUGGUUCAACUGGUAUGAAACGAUUGCCGGUUAGAAAAUAAGUUCAAGUGCCAAAAUGAUACCAGAUUAUCAUUAAUAAAAAUGCAGAAAAGUAACAAAAACAUAGAAAUAAACGUUAUAACAAAUAGUAUGCGAAAAUGAACGCAAUUUUUAUAUAAAAAAUGUUAAACUUAAGUUAAAUAUAAGUUUUAAGCUAAAAGUCUAAUCAAAUAUAGUAGCGAUGGACUUAUGUUCAGAACCUGUUUCCCAAGAAAAGAAAUCUCCAAAUAUGUUGAAUUAAAAUAAUAGAAUUUUUAGCAUUAAGUAACUACUUUGACACCUUAAGUAAACUAAUUUAUUUUCAGCGAAUGAUAACAAAUUAUCAGAAUGUUUAUUGAACGCAUUUGCUGUUGACGAAUAAAAUACAUUAAAAGUGCAAUUUUGUGCCGGAACAUUUA